UUCAAAGAGUGUCCCAGAGCAUUCAACCAUUUGUGUCCCUGUACUCCUGCUGCACAGAGCCUUGAGAACAGAGUUAGAGCUGAAAAGUGUGGUAUUUCUCAGGAAAACAGCAGAAAGUAUUCAAACAAGAGGAGGCAACCCAAGGUAAACUUUAGACCACAUACAAGGACACAUAAGCUGAAAAUCCCAUCUCUUUUACUGCUCCAUUCUUUUACUUGUGACUUAAAACUUUUGUCAUGGAAGUGCUAGAAGUCCCCAGCUUCCAGCCAGACAUUGAACAGCACAAAACCCUCACUGAGGUCUCCGAUGAUGAGCUUAACCUUCCUCCCUCUGAUGAUGAGGAAGAGGCAACCACAGAGGCCAAAUUGAAGGAAGUUAUGGAGAAAGAGGAGGAAGAAGAGGGAGACAAAGGCAACGGGCAGAUGAAUGGGGUGAUGAUUCUGGCUCUGCUGGAUAAGAUCAUCGGUAGAGUGGACCAGAUCCAACAGACGCAGGCUGGUCUUGAGACCCGGCAGCAAGAGAUGGAGCGCUCAGUCACUGGAAUUGAGGGGGAGCUCACCAAGUUGACCAAGAGUCACACUACCACAGCCAACUCGGUGAACAAGAUGCUAGAGAAAGUGCGCAAAGUGAGCGUGAAUGUGAAGACCGUGCGGAGCAACCUGGAGAAGCAGGGCGGCCAGAUAAAACGGCUAGAGAGCAAUGAGAAUGAGCUUCUCAAGAGGAGGAACUUUAAAGUCAUGAUUUACCAGGAUGAGGUGAAACUUCCUUCUAAGACCACAGUGGCCAAGUCCCUGAAAGUACCCCAUCUGGCAGAAGGUGAGGGUGAGCUGGAGCACAAAGCUGCUAUGGAGGAGGGUGAAGAGGCUGGAGCAGAGAAGACUCAUAUAGACCUGUCAUCUGAUGAAGAAGAAGUAGAGAUUGAGGAGACUAUUGAAGAGACCCGCGCAGAGCGCAUCAAACGCAGCAGCCUUCAACGAGUCCAAAAUAUCAAAACAGUCUUCUCCAAGGAAAAGAUGGAGAAAACCAAACAAAAGACGAUGGAGAACUUUGAGAAAACCAAGCAGAAGACCAAAGAUAACUUGGAGAAGACACGAGUGAAGACCAGAGAAAACUUGGAAAGAACAAAGCAAAAGACCAAAGAUAACUUGGAGAAGACACGCCACAACAUUGAGAAGAAAAUGGGCAAGCUUGGCACUCGUAUGUCUGUCAACCCAGAACGUAAAGAGAAGCUGAAAACCUCACAGAAGAAAAUGGUGAAAUCUUUCACGCCUGAUCACACCAUCUAUGCUCGGUCUAAAACUGCUGUAUACAAGGUGCCACCAUUCACCUUUCAUGUGAAGAAAAUCCGUGAAGGGGAGGUGGAAAUUCAAGGGACAGAAAUGGUGGAAGUGGGUGGGGAAACACAGGAGGUAGAGAAUGGAGUAAUGGAGGGAGGAGAGGAAGAAGAGAUGGAGAUGGAGGGAGUGAUGGAGGAGAGCACGGAGAUGCUGGAGACAGAAGAUUCGGAGCUGGUGCUUGCAGAGCAGGAUCAUGAUAGUGACUAGAUGGUGUGUGUGUGUGUGUGUGUGUGUGUGUGUGGUGUGUGUGUGUGUGUGCGCGCAUGCAUGUGUAAGGGUCAUAAGCUGGGAUACUGCUGUAUAUUGCAGAUUCAGGUAUUAGAAAUUGUUGCAGAAUUGUAGAUGGGUGUGCGUGUGUGCGCACAAGGGUCAUGAGCUGGGAGACUGCUGUAUACUGCAGAUUCAGGUAUUAGAGAUUGUUGCGGAAUCAUAGAGGUGUGUUGCAGAAUCAUAGAGGUGUGUGUGUGUGUGUGUGUGUGUGUGUGUGUGUUAAUGAAAAAAGAUGAGAGGUCUCACCAUGGUUGUAGACAGGUUAAGGUCUCACUGCAAAUGGAUGUUGAGAAUUUAAGGUUUGUUCUAUAUAUUAGUUUAGGUAAGCUGACCGCUCAGCUAAUGUCCAGCAGGUUGGGGGUAAGGCACCAAGUUCAUUAAGAAGUGUAAGCCAAAACAUAAGGAUCCUGACAUUUGUAAUCAUAAGAUAUGAUUUAAAAAACUUUCAUUGUUAAUUAAUGCACUAACACACAUAUUUGGUUACAGCUAGUUUAUUCAGCAAACACUAUUUGACAUGAUCUAGUCAAACACAAACAUGUUUCACUUAUGCAAGAGAGGAAAACCUACAAAUUCUUCUAUAUUUUUGCAUGUAUUCAACUGAGAAUUUUCUGUUUAAUAUUAUUUCUUUAUUUUUGGACGCACAGUUAUUGCAUUCUGAUGUUAUACUGAAAUUAUGAUAUGUUUUGUUAAUCUACUUCAAUCUACAUGUUACAUUUUAACCACCAGCCCCAUGUUGUUGCUUGCUACCUUUCUAUUGAGCAACCAUCACCACAGCACUAGGACCUCCUAACAAUAAAAACAUCACAUAACAUGAAACCUAACAAUAUGAAUUUUAAUGUCUUGAUGUCUCUUAGUAAAGACAUUUUGUCGGUCUUGGUGCCUAUUCCUGUCUGGUAAUAUAACAAAGACUGAUAAACAACAACACUGGGCUAGAAUAAUUGAGGGAAAAAACAUACAUCAAUUUCAUCAGUGUUGGAUUUAUGUAUAAAACCAGGGUGCCUUCCAUGGGAAAUUUUAAUGGUAUCUCAAAAUAAUGUAAACUGAAGAACAUAAAUGUGUGUGUGCUUUCCAUGUUUAAAAUCAGUUUCUACAGACUUUCUACUUCUUCUAAUGUUACCAUUAUCUAUAGAUGAAGCACUUGUGUAUUUUGUGUAUUUCUCACAAAAAAAGUAUGUUCUCUUACUACACUUCAUCAAUUUAAUGUUUUCUCAAUUUAAUGAGGUAAAAUGGAAUAUAUUUGGGGAAAAUAUAUUGAAAGAUGUAAGGGGGAUAGAAGAAACUAUUUGCUUUUGAAAAUUUAGUGAUAUAAAAGCAAAGCUGACAAACAUUUAUACUUCAAUAAAUUAGAAGUAUUAUCAAGAUGUACUUAAGCAUGAUAUGCAUGAACAGUAUUUCUAUUUUAUUUUAUACACCACUGCUGCCAAUAUAAAGUAACAGUAAGUCUCUGUCCCAGUCAUGCAACAACAUGCACUACUUAUUUUAAUCUCUAUUUAGAUAGGUAUGAAGCCUUUAUGAGUUCAAACAAAAGCAUUAGAGCUCAAACAAAAUGUGCAUUGCAUGGAGAUCACAGGACUGUGAUUGAGACCCACUGCAUUAUAGAGAACAUUUGUAAUUUUCCUUUUUGAAAGCAUCACCAAGCCACCUUUAACUUUUUUUGCUCAGAUUUCACUUAAUUAGGAGCAUUCAUCCUUCCUAGAUGCCACAUACCAUAUUUACCAUUUACACAUUUUAGAUGUGCACAUUUUAGUGUGUUUUAGUCUAUAUUUUGCUUUGCAAUGAUCUGUAUCUCAUGUCUCACUGCAUACUAAAAUGUUAAUAAAAGCAGACUUAUUCA